AUGGAGUUUUUGAGCCAGGUGUCGACGUUCAAUGGGAAUUGGGAGAAAGCGAGGAGGUCGGAGUUGGGGAUGCCAAUGAGCGCGCUUGGAUCUGUGCGAGGAAGGCGAAUGUCGGGCAAAGGUGCAAAGGGCUUGUUGACGGGGAAAACCCCAGCGGGGUCCAAGGACAAAGACAAGGACAGCAAGAAAAAACCGACCUCUCGCUCCUCACGCGCCGGUCUUCAGUUUCCAGUGGGACGUAUCCACCGGCUUCUGAAGGAGCGAGUGAUGGCUCAUGGUCGUGUGGGGGCCACAGCCGCCGUGUACUCAGCUGCCAUCCUGGAAUACCUCACGGCCGAGGUUCUUGAGCUGGCUGGAAAUGCCAGCAAGGACUUGAAGGUGAAGCGUAUUACCCCACGUCAUCUACAGCUGGCGAUACGUGGAGAUGAGGAGCUCGACACUCUCAUCAAGGGAACAAUCGCGGGUGGUGGCGUGAUCCCUCACAUUCACAAGUCGCUCAUCAACAAAUCGUCCAAGGAAUGAAAAUGCCAGGUGGCAUCUGGUAUAUUCUGAAAUGUAAUUUGUUCUGAUGAGUGUCAUUGGAGGGUAACUUUAUGUUUUUCAACCAAGGAUUCUAAGGUUUUUAGGGUUUAGUAGGGUUUGUCUGUGUAAUUUAACUGAUAAAGUCGCUGGAGUUUGGAUCUGUUUAAGGAUUUGGAUGAAUGUGUAUCAAUGGUGACAAUGAGCAGUGUUUGGUUUUGUAUGAUUUGUGAAGUUAGGGUUGUAGCCGAUGUUCUUGCUUGGUAUAUAGAGCAGAGAUAUUAAACAAAACGAGCCGCUCAUAAGCUCGGCUCGGCUUGUUGGAUAAACGAUUCGAGCUCGAACUCGCUUGAAGCUUGUUUCGUUAACGAGCAAGACUCGGCUCAACUCAAUAAGGCUCGAAAAGUGAAUUUUUAUAUAAUUGUUUAUAAUUCGACUC